AUGGCGUCGUCGCCUGCCCUCUCCUCCGCAGCUCCUCCCCUCCUUCGCCACCAGCGCGGCCGCCGCCGCCGCCUCCUUACGACGCAAGCCUACUCCAUCCGCUACCGAAUUCCAAACCCCCUCCUCCACCGCCGCUCCUUCAUCCUAUCCUCCGCUUCCUCUCUCCUCCUCGCCCAACCCAGCGCCGCCGACACCGCCCCUCCGUCCGACCGCCUACAACCCUCCAUCGUCACUGAUCGCGUCUUCUUCGAUUUCGGCCUCUGCCCUAGCUACCUCCGCUCCGAUCGGCCUCUCGGCUUCGACCUCGCCGCUUGCCCCGACACCGAGCCCCUCGGCCGCGUCGUCUUCGGCCUCUACGGCAAGAUCCUUCCGCAGACCGUCGCCAACUUCAAGGCGGUAUGCGCCUCCGCGGCCUACCGCGGGACGCUCGUCCACAAGAUCCUCCAGGGCCAGUUCUUUGUUGCCGGCCGGCAGGGGCGGAAGGAAAAGCGGGAGGUCCGGCCGCCACCCGGUCUGGUGCGCAACAUGGAGACCGUCGACCCCAAGGCGUUCCAGCUGAAGCAUUCUAGGCCCGGAACCCUAUCACUGUGCCUGUCGGAGAACGAUGAUAAUGAAUCCGUCAAGCUCGAGCCUGAUUACCACAAUGUAGAGUUUUUGGUGACCACUGGGCCGGGGCCAUGCCCACAGCUUGACAACGAGAACAUUGUGUUUGGCACUGUGCUCGAAGGGAUGGAUGUGAUCACCAGUAUAGCUACCAUUCCCACAUAUAAGCCAGCUGAAAGGAUUCGACAAUUUAAUGCUUUUGCACAAUUCCUUGGGGAUGAGAGAGCUCAGAUAGCUCGUAUGAUGUGGAAUCGGCCUCUAGAAACUAUUUAUAUCAGUGACUGCGGGGAGUUGAACGUGGCAACACCUUCACUUUCACCUAGCUUGCCCCAACUGGGUUCAUCUGUGUAUCUUAUUGGUAUGCAGUGGCUGUGUAUUUCAGGAAUUGCUCUAUGUCAAAUGCAUCGAAUACCACUGCUACUCGAAGAGGCCUCUGCUGCAGAGGCUCGCCGUGCAAAGCAUCAAGCUCAAUUGCCAGGACGUGAUCAUCCGGUGUCCGACAAUGAGCUCCGAAUAGGAAUGGUCAACUAUAGAGCUCAGAGACAAGAAGCUGCCAGCAACUAA